CCAUUGAGCCUCGUUGUGUUCCAUGUGUGGGGCCGAGGAAGAGGCGAGCUUUGAAAUUUUAUUCCGUUUCCAGAUCUGUAUGAAAACGUCAUAAAUCGAGCUGUGUGUUUGUUUACUUUCAGCUGUUGAACAGGAUGAGUGCUGAACGUAAUCUGGAUGAUGAGGAUACUUUUAAAAUUUUGAUUGCAACUGAUCUUCAUCUGGGCUAUUUGGAAAAAGAUGCCAUAAGGGGUAAUGAUACCCUUGUUACUUUUGAUGAGAUUUUAAGAUGUGCACAGGAAAAUGUGGUAGAUUUUAUAUUGUUGGGUGGUGAUCUCUUUCAUGAGAACAAACCUUCUCGCAAGACAUUGCAUACCUGUAUGGAGCUAUUGAGAAAAUAUUGCAUGGGCGAUAAUCCAAUACACUUCGAAAUUUUAAGUGACCAGUCAGUUAAUUUUGCUUUUAGCAAAUUUCCAUGGGUAAAUUAUCAUGACGGAAACUUAAACAUCUCUACUCCAGUUUUCAGUAUUCAUGGUAACCAUGACGAUCCUACAGGGGCAGAUGCCCUGUGUGCCUUGGAUCUUUUGAGCUGUGCUGGAUUGGUAAAUCAUUUUGGUCGGUCUUUGUCUGUGGAGAAGACUGACAUUAGCCCUGUUCUGAUGCAGAAAGGAAAUACUAAGCUGGCACUGUAUGGGUUAGGAGCCAUCCCAGAUGAGCGCCUUUACAGAAUGUUUGUAAACAAGCAAGUUACUAUGCUUAGGCCAAAGGAAGAUGAAGACAGCUGGUUUAACAUAUUUGUCAUUCAUCAAAACAGGAGCAAACAUGGAGCCACUAAUUACAUUCCUGAGCAAUUUUUGGAUGAUUUUCUGGACCUUGUUAUUUGGGGACAUGAACAUGAGUGUAAAAUAGCUCCAACAAGAAAUGAACAGCAGCUGUUCUAUGUCUCACAGCCCGGAAGUACAGUUGUUACUUCUCUUUCUCCAGGAGAAGCUGUAAAGAAACACAUUGGGCUGUUGCGAAUUAAAGGAAAGAAAAUGAACAUGCGGAAGAUUCCUUUGAAAACAGUUCGCCAGUUCUUUAUUGAAGAUGUUGUCCUUGCAGAUUAUCCUGAUAUAUUUAACCCAGAUCAUCCCAAAGUCACACAGAAAAUAGAGGCUUUCUGUGUAGAGAAGGUGGAAGGAAUGUUGGAUGUUGCUGAAAGAGAGCGAAUAGGAAACCCUCGUCAACCAGAAAAGCCUCUAAUAAGAUUGAGAGUGGAUUAUAGUGGUGGAUUUGAACCUUUCAGUACUCUUCGAUUUAGCCAAAAAUUUGUAGAACGAGUUGCCAACCCUAAGGACAUUGUUCACUUUUUCCGGCAUAGGGAUCAGAAAGAUAAAAAAGAUGAUCUACAGAUUAAUUUUGAAAAAUUUGCAAAUAAAUCUUCAGAAAUAAUAACCUUAAGAGUGGAGGAUCUGGUCAAACAGUAUUUCAAGACUGCCGAGAAAAAUGUCCAGUUAUCACUAUUGACUGAAAGAGGGAUGGGAGAAGCUGUGCAAGAGUUUGUUGACAAAGAAGAAAAAGAUGCUAUUGAUGAGCUGGUAAAAUUUCAGUUGGAAAAGACACAACGGUUUUUGAAGGAUCGGCACAUUGAUGCGACUGAAGACAAGAUUGAUGAAGAGGUUCGCCAUUUUCGUGAAACCCGGAGAAAAAACACAGCUGAAGAAGAUGAAGAAGUUCAAGAGGCAAUGAGUAGAGCCAGAGCUCACAGAACUGAAGGAAAAGAUACCUCUUCAUUAAUUAGUGAUGAUGACAUGGUCGUUUCUGAAGAAAAAGCUGCAGAUUCUGAUGAAAGUAGCGUGCCCAUAGCUAACAGAGGGAGAGGCAGAGGUCGUGGAAGGGCCAGCAGUAGAGGCCAAAGUUCUUCCACAGCAAGAGGAGGAUCCAGAAGAGGAAGCAGGAAUAGCGGAAGAGAAACUAACAACGAAUGUAAGUUCUCCAGCAGGACUUACAAAGCUCCAGUCGUUACUCCUGUAAAGAAUAAGUUUAUCAUGGAUGCUUUUAAAGGAUCUAGUCGACGCACAGCACAGACUUUGCAUCAAAGUCCUGAGGAGGUCAUAAUUAGUGAUGAUUCAGAUAUGGAAGAAUCUUGUCUAUCCAGCUUCGCAAAACAAAAUCAGGGGAAUUCAAGUGGAUCAGGAUCUUUCAGUAGAAGAGGCUCACAAAACCAGUCUAAAGGAGUAAAUUUUUAUGAUGACGAUGAUGAGGAUGAAUUUGAUCCCUUUAAAAGUUCUGCAACCGCCAAAGGAAACAGAAGAUAACAACUAAUCAAACCCUCAUAAUGUGCUGAUGGUUUAUAUUCUGGAAGAUUUUGUUAAUGGUUUCAGUGACAAUAAAUAUAUAACAAAAGAUUUUUCAAAA